CGUCACCGGAGCCGGUACCAUAUGGUGCACGUUUCCAAAAGCAUCCGCCCGAUAGUACCCAAACGCCGACCCGUCGUAUUUUCACCCGUAAUCUCACCAGAUCGAAAAAUCUGCAGCAGGUUCCGUUUGCUUUACACUAACGUGCUAUUCCGCUGUGGUGUCUGACUGUUGGGAAGUUAUUCUCCACUUCGGUCGGUACAUUGCAACAUCGCGAACGACGUCUACCAAAUCUGGGAACAAUAACCUCCCAACAGAAGCAGAGCAACAGGAUUUUCACCAACAACAGCGACACCAGAAGAUUGUCAUGUCAGCAAUCUGAGACUCCUUCGAAGAAAAAAGCAAAAAAGGCCCCGUGUACGGUUUUUUUAAAACUAGUGUUUCUGCCACACGCACACACGAGAAUCGAACGGCGCCUUUGCCGUGCAAGAGUGACAAGAGAAGGGAGAACUUCAUGCGGGAAAGCCGUAGAAGGAGAAAGAAAUAACGACUGAUCUAUCUAUCAGUUGAAAGUGCUCCGUAACAGCAACACGCUGGAACAGGUGUGUGAGAGAAGUGAAGCAAAAAUCUCCAACAACACACACAACACCGUUUACCACAAACAACAACAACAACAACAACGACGACACCAGAAUCGUGCCAGCCACAACAACACGAAAACAUCUCGAAAAAGUGACGUCCGGGAGCGAUCUCAGUCAAUCUCGUACCGUCGUUUGCUCGUGCACCAAGAAAGUAAAUAAACGGCAGUUGAUGAACUAAAAUAGAAUAGAAGCAACACUGGAUGGAAAGCAUAAACCCAACCCCUUAUCGUUAUCGCGUGUUUCGCUAGGACUGCAAUAGAUUGCCGUUAUCCAGAAUACUGUCAAACUGCACGGUGCUGUCAAACUUUACCCAAGAAGUGUUUUCCUGUGCGAGUGGUCGAUCAUCGGCAGUGAGAGGGCAAGAUUUAUUCCUUUUUUAAGGGUAGUGCCAGACCAAUGUGUCCCUCAAUGCAGUAGGCCACAGGUUGUUGCUACUUCAAACACUUUCCACCGUACGCGCAGCGUACUAAGGUUCGGCCGCGCUGCCACAGUGCUACCCCUUCCAACGGUUGAGGGAAAAAUCGUAACCAACCCAAAAACGCACCGCAGAUCAAGAUCCGCGUACGAAACGAGAGUGAAAUCCGGGAGGAAAAGAGAACGAACCAUGCAUGCUGUCGACUACGACGGCUGGCCACGGCGGGAACGACGUUAGUGAACGAUAGAAAGGGCACCAUCGAAUCACGACCAUUGGUCGUGGUAUUGCACCCCUUUUACCUUUCCUCUCCAAUGUGCAUCGUACUUCCGGGUUUAUCCUACUGACUCCACCGGAAGCUAGACGACGAGCUCAUCACACGUUUCUACUCGCAAAAAAUAGAACGAGCAUGGUGCUCGCUCUGGUAUCCGCAUCCACCUAGAGUGAAUCCUCGGAGCACGGCCAGGGUCGUAAAAAUUUAAAACACCGAUUUGAAAGAUAGCGCGACACCCUGGCUCAAACACUUCAGCAUCCUAGCAACCGAGAUCGCAAAGGAUGGACAACCGACUUAAUAUCGGCUCGGAGGUGCGCGAGUUGAAACUCGGUUCAACCUUCACCAACUCCACACCGUCGAAUGUGUUCCACACGAUAAAAUAUGAUUUCAAACCCGCCAGCGUCGACGUGAACAAACCUGCAGAACUGGAAGUUAGUGACAACAAACAGGUCACCGUUACCGUCCCACACUUGGAUGGUUCCGGUGUGCCAAAUACCGUCUUCAAGGGCAACCAACGAGACUACACGCGAAAAGAUUGCGUUCUCAUCGUUAACCGGGCGACGGGAGAGAUUACACUCGAACAGCUCAACAGUAGUAUCGUGGUGAAGAAGACGAGGACCGAAAACAAAGCAGUCAAUCCACCUCCGCCCCCGCCAACGAUCAAGGUCGAAAAUAAUACCGCUAGACAAAGUUCCAAGACGAAGAUCACGACCGGUGUGCGCAAAAAUGCACCGAUCAACUUCGUGCCAAAGCACUCGCCAUUGCAGGGCUCGCCGUCCUAUCCGCACCGGAGCCCUCAAUCGGCACCGGCCUGGAAUGCCAACAAUACUCAACAGACCUUGCCAAGUAUUCCGAUGAUCGGAUUGGACGAUGGCUUGGAUUUCGGCAUGCCACAAUCCUCCUCCACCUCCUCCUCUAUGAACAAUCAUCAAAGCAGCAACAACAAUAACAUCAACAGCGCCAAUUCCAACCACGGGGCCAGCAGUAACAACAACAACCACCACCAACAACAACACCAUCACCAUCAGCAACAGCUACCAUUGCUUGGUGGCGGUAGUGGGAGUAGUAAUAGCAACAGCAGCUCCACAGGUGGUUCCACCAACAACAGCUACCUUAAUCCGCGCAGCUCCGCGCAGAACAACUCCAGCAGCACCGGAAGCGGCGGCAGCAACAGCAACAACAACAACCACCACAACCACCACGGUGGCAUGAACAAUAGCACCAGCAACAGCAACCAUCAUCACCACAACAAUCACCUGAGCGUGUCGUCGGCGUACGGAGGACUGGCCCGGAACAAUAUGCUGAGCGAACCGUCGAUGCCUCCGAGCGUUGAGGUUAGUUUGCCCUCGGAUCGCGACCUAUUGCCCCCACCGGCUGUGACGGGAAUCGGCGGAGGAGCGAGUAGUGAUCCGGAAAUGAUGACUUCCUCGGAAUCGGACGGUUCGGACGAUUCCGAUUCGAGCAGUAGUGACCAGGAGUCAGAUAGCUCGACCGAGGACAACAAUGAUUCACCAGUGAAAGAAUCUAUAUUUGAUCCUCGACCGGAGCUGACCGGGGUUGGUGCCGCAGCGAGCGCGGUUGAUCUGAGCAAAGACCUGUGUCUGUCAUCAAACUCCGACUCGGACGACUAAGGCGGGCGAUUCGGCACCCCCGCCAACAUGUACAUGCAAGAGACAUUCAAAGACACGACACGUUAGAUAAAUAGAGAAAAACUGUGCUCUGUAGGAAAGGUCCAAUAGAGAGUUUAACAAGCGAGGGGGCGAGUUAAAGGAGAGAAACAGUCACUUCAGCAGCAGAAACGACAGGAGGAGGAUGAAUGCAAACCAUUUGUGUAAGAAGUUGUGUAAAAUGUUUUUUUUUUAAUUGUAUGUGUUUUGUUUUUGCUGGGAGAAAAACUCUUAGGACAAUUAUUUAUAUUUAUGCUCAAGGUUGCAAGUACAGAAGAAAACAACAUCAAGGGUACACUUUGCCGGUCCUCCCCACCUAACUACCAAUCACCUCGAGCUUACCUUUUCGUACCAGGAUCGUCCAGGAUUGAAGCGAAGCGCAACUCUAGGGUGUUUCUUUGUUUUUUGUUUGUUUGUCUAGUUUGUGGGCGAACAGGGAAUGCCAGCAACUGCCUCGAAAGGACCAUUACCAGACUUGAGACGGAACAAAAAAAAUCCUAUUAGAAGUAAUUAGUCAAACGGCGCAGCCGCCACCCUUUGCUCAUUUAGCUAAAGCAAACAAAAUGUGUGUCUCUUUAUCUUUAUCUUCACCGUGCUUGUUCUUCACGUUACAUUGAUUUCGAUUUUUGCUUCGUCUUUUAAACGGUUUUUGGAGCUUCCAUUGCGCUUAUGUGUUAUGCACCGAAGGCUCAAUAACGACUGAUGAAUGUUGUUUUCGGGGUAGGGUGAAAUGUAAAACGGUGGCUUCUCCUUUUUGUGUGUUUGUGGGUGUGGUUGAGUUUUAAUCACAAACAUGGAUUCGAAGCGGACAUAAGCACACUAGUUGGCCAAGUAAGAAACAGCCAGGGAUGGAGAAAGGCUACCGGUGAACAUCCCCAUCAAUCAGGGAAUGCCGGAAACGCCGCCGGUAGGAUCGAAGUCUGCGAAUUGUAAAUACUUUCUGAGUUGUUCCAUUGUGGGGGAGAGUUGGUAAACCCGAUGGAAAGUGAUGCGGUCGUGAUGGAGCAGCGGAAACAAGCAGUGAACGGCUGACAUGGGAAGGAAAAGGACCUCUUUGGGACUCCAAGGAUGACACCGAAGAAGGGUGAAAAUAAAGAACACGAAUGUUAGAACGAAUAGUAGUGCAGCGGGCCAACAAUCGCUAGCUUUGGAGAAAGUUGGAUGGACAUGUAAAGGAAAGGAAUGGAAGAAGGAAGAGCUUGCUCUAAAGUUGUAAUAAAACAAAUAAUGUGUUAAUGA